AUGAAAUUUGAGGAGUUUUUUCGAGGGACUUUUUCCUCGGUGAAUCGAUCAGAGUUGGAAGCCAAUUAUUGGAUUUUGACGUAUUUGGUACUUGUCAUUUACUCACAUGAUAAGCGUAUCCUAACGAGGGACCGUCACUAUCAGUCCAAGUUAGAGAUUAUUAAUGUGGUCAUAGAAACUAGAGCUGAUGAUUCGGUCCCGUCAAAAGAUAGACUCAAGGCCAAAAGUGCACACGUUUACAUAACCUUCAAGGGCUUGUCUGAGCCUCAUGCUCCUCGACAUAGUUUUAAAGUUGGUCUACAUCUUGAGCGGAGAGCUAUAGUUAGAAGAGUCAUCUGUGAGAGCACAGGAGCGAUGAGCCUUUUGGGUAAGCUUUGUGAUGGUAAAUUUACUGGAAAGCAGCGUUCUGUGACAAGCGGGAGUGGAGAUGAAGCCCAGAGUUCUAAAAAAGCUCGGACUCAGCCGUCGUUCUUAGGCUAUGACAGGUCCAUUUAA